GAUCAGCUUGCGACAAUGUUGGCUCAUGCAGUGCGCCUAAGGUCUGCGGCCAAUCCUGUUCGCCAUCUAGGGCUGGGAGAAUGCAAUCUCCAUGUGACGGCAGCCUGAGGCUGAGACCAUUUACGAAAUGUGAACACGGUUCUCCAGGACUAGAAGCCGUGCAUGUUCGCCUCAUGACACUUCUCGAGUAUCUACCAUGGAAAACGAUACUCGCUGGGCACACAUCGCCCCUAACGAUCGUAGCGGUACUUUGUAUAUCGUUACUUUCCUCGGCUUCACCUAUUCUAGUCUUACAUUUCUAGCAAGAGUAUGGAUAAAAUGGCAUAUGCUGGGUUUGGACGAUCUGGCAAUGCUACUUGCGCAGAUCGCCUGUAUCAUUCAGUUCGCGAUUGUGCUUGCAUCCCUCUCUGCUGGACUGGCAAGAUCGUUUGAAACCCUCACUGAGCAGCAGUACUCACGAAUGGCCGUGACAUUCGCAGGCGCUCAGGUUGCAACAUAUGUUUCCCUCGGCUUCUCAAAAAUGGCCUCGAUAUUGUUAGUACGACGCCUCUUCAUACGCGACAUGAAGAAUGCUUGGAUCAUAUGCAAUAUCAUCACUGGUGUUGUCACGAUCUGGACACUGGUAGCUGCACCGCUCGUGUCAGCAGGUUGCACCAACGAAAGCCUUUCGCCUAAGACGCCCCAGGAUAUAUGUACUGGGAUUGAAACUCGCUAUUUGUUCGUCGUGGUCACCGACGGUAUUACGGACUUCGUGCUGGCGUUCGUGCCCACAUACCUGUGCCGGCAUCUGCAAAUGAAUAUGUACUUCAAGUUGCAGGUGCUCGGGAUAUUUGCUUUGCGACUGCCUUUACUGGCGCUCGCUGGGCUAUUCUACAGAACCUGGACAAGUUCAUUGCAGAGUGACGAUCCUGGAGUAAGUCGUACACUGGCGCUUGUAUACCUCCAGACCGAGCUUUGUUGUUCACUGAUUGCCGCCACGAUACCAUGUCUGAAAUCGUUUAUACAAAGCUUCGACACAGGCAGCGGUCAGAAAGCGGGCUUUGGCUACUCUUCGAACUCAGGCGCAUAUGGACAUAUGUCGAGUGUACACCACAGUACAGGCCUUGAGGGAAACGGCGAAAGCUAUCAGAUGUCUCGCCUCGAUCACAGUCAGAACAGCGCUUCAGACUUCGGACACCGUGAAGAUACCAAGAGCGCGAUCAGAGUCAACAGAAAGUCACCAACUCCUGAUGAAAGCUCUGCUACAGAUGACGGUGGCGGGGACAUGGAACGAAGGAGCACCCAGGAAUCAGACCGGAAGAGUCAUCACAGCACCCAAGAGUUGGUCAUCAGAAAGGAUGUGCAAUUUGAUGUCAAGCGUGAGCCUGCAAAGAAAGGGAGUAGUAUACACCAGCCAGGUCUGCUACGUCUGCCCAAGUAGAUUAGCUCUUUACGAUCAACACAAUAGACAGACAGUAUGCCUUCGUCAAC